GUCAAUCUGUGUCACUCACUCCUGUCAACCUGCCUUCUGACUCUGGGACUGAAGAAGGAAGCAGACACCAAAAUGAAGACUGCUUUAAUUUUGCUCAGUAUUUUAGGAGUGUCCUGUGCUUUCUCAAUGAGAAAUUUGUAUAGAAGAGCCAAACUACAGGAUUCUGAAGAAAAUGGGGUUUUUAAGUACUGGCCACGAUAUUCUCUUUACAAGCACGCCUACUUUUAUCCACCUCUGAAACGAUUUCCAGUGCAGAGCAGUAGUGACUCAUCUGAAGAAAAUGGAGAUGGUGACAGCUCUGAAGAGGAAGAAGAAGAGGAGACUUCAAAUGAAGAAGAAAAUAAUGAAGAAAACGAAAACUCUGAUGGAAAUGAAGAUGAAGAAUCUGAGGCCGACAACACCACCCUUUCUGCUACAACACCUGGCUACGGGGAGGAGAGUACACCUGCAUUAGUGACGCUAGGUCUUGCUGCAAUCCAGCUUCCCAAAAAGGCUGGGCCUACUGGGAACAAGUCUACAAAAAAGGAAGAAAGUGAUGAAGAAGAAGAAGAGGAAGAUGAAGAAAAUGAAAAUGAAGAAAAUGAAGCAGAAGUGGAUGAAAAUGAGCAAGGCAUAAAUGGCACCAGCACCAACAGCACAGAAGUAGACAAUGGAAAUGGCAGCAGUGGUGGUGACAAUGGUGAAGAAGGUGAAGAAAGUGCCACAGAAUCGAAUGCAGAAGCAACCACAGUGGCUGGAAGACAGGACAAAGCCAUCACUAAGACAACACCCUCUCCAAAUGGUGGGUUUGAAGCUACAACCCCACCACCGGAGGUCUAUGGGACUACCACCCCCCCACUAGGGGAGACCACCACCCCUGGAUAUGAGGAGUAUGAACAAACAGGCACCAGUGAAUAUGGAUAUGAAGUCUAUGAAAAUGAAAAUGGAGAACCCCGUGGGGACAAUUACAGAGCUUACGAGGAUGAGUACAGCUACUAUAAAGGGCAAGGGUAUGGUGGUUAUGCUGGUCAAGAUUAUUACUAAGGCCAGCGAAGGCCUAGCUAGGGAGGAACUCAUCCAUUCUGGCAUUCUUGUGUGGCCACCCUUUUCAAAAUCCAACUCAGGAAGGUGCAAUACAACAAAUGCGCGUAUUAUCGUGUGGGAUGGUGCUACUGUUCCCAAGUGAUUUUCUGUAAUUGCUUCGGCUUCUCGUUGCUUUUCCAUGGUAUGUUUUGAAUAAAUUUUGAAAGGUCAUUGUGAACCAGGACCAUUGAAAAAUUGGUAAACCAAUCCACAAGAUCAAGUUUGACUGAAUGUGUUGAGGCUGUUGUUCUAUAAAUAGCAUUUUUACUUUGUACUUUUACUAACUACUACAGCAUACUCUUGGUGCAAGAAGUGCUUCUAAGGUGAGGUUCACUGAUAUUAAUGACACUAUACAAUAUAUGUGUAGUUCUUUACUACCUAGCCAACACUGUAUAUUAGGCCUAAUUGUCAUUCUCAUGUAUUUUUAUGUGAUA